CUUAAUCUUGUUCAAGCUAAGUGUAAAGUCUGCAAAUUAAUUGCGUGCUUUAAGAUCAUCCUUGAUUAUGCAUCGUUCAUCUCCUGAUUAUGAAAUUCAGCAAAGCAAACAUCUGUGAACUAUUAUUUGCACCAUGGGACAACGAUGAGACACUAAUAAUAGAAUGAAUUUUGGGCAAAAGCAAAAGACCUCAACCAAAUGCCAAAAGCGACCUGAACAAGGAAAAAUGGACAAGGAAGGGAUUGAGCUUGUGAAACACAUGUCGAAUUUGCCCAAAUAUCUUCAGCAAGCAGAACACAGAAAGAGCGUCCAAGAAAAAGCCCUGCAAUUCGGAGUUAUCGACUGGAAACGUCUUGAGAAAUGGAAGCCCAAUGAGCGUGUUCCUGCAAGAGGACACCACAAAUCUCCGUCUUCAUCUCAUCAAGAAGAGAAGCUUCUGGCAUCCUCCAUGAAGAAGAGCCAAGCAAAAGGGAUGAUAUCUUCUCAGAGGAGGUGUGCUGAAACAAGCAUUGGUCAAAAGGAUAAGAGGAAAGUUUCAUACCCGAAAGUUGUGUCAUUCAAAGAAGAUUUGUUCCUAGAUCUGGUUGAAAACACCAUGACAAGUUCUCAAGAAGACGAUAGUAGUAAAAUAAAAACAGACAAUAAAGCCAAUCUUUUUCCACAAUUUUGUGCUCCCGAGUUGAGCAGCAAAGAAUCUAGAGCAAAACAACAGAAUUUGCAGAAGAAACCAAAAUCCGCAUCCUUCAACUCAUUUGAGAUUUCCCAGAAAAGGGAUCAUGACAUUGCUGCAAAAUCUACCUUGAGCAAAGACCAUCCAUCGCCUAGCCGAAGAUUUAGCUCAAGUCACAAUAGAUUGAACAGAAGUUUCAGCUUUAAUGACACUUCGGUUAUUCCUUUAUCGGAUAAGGAAAGUUCCAGAGGAAGAGGGAGAUCUAGUGCUUUCAUGAGGUUGUUAUUGCACCCCCUUCAGAGAUUCAAGGGAGUUUACUCGGCGAAGACUAAUAAGCAGCUAACUGGAAUCUUAAGUUCCCUGGAUUUGAAGCAUAAAGAAAAACAUCUUCCCUCAACUACUGAGGCUCUCCUGCAUCUUACAUUCAAAGAUGGCCUCCCAUUCUUUGAAUUUGCUGCUGAUAAUGGAAGUGAUAUCAUGGUUGCUGCAGUCAAGAAAUUGCCAAAAAAGGGGGAAUGGGAUGGGUGUUUGACAUAUUCUUUCUGUAAGGCACCUGAAACAAAAAAGAAGAGAUCCAAAGAGUGUGGACAUAGUUAUAAUGAUGCCAUAGCCACGAUGAAGGUAUCAGAGGAUUGUUUCGACGACUCUGUUCUCAGACAAUCGAUCUUGUACAGCAUUGGUUUUCAACAGGAGGACAAGCAAAUGCCUGAGUUUCUGGCAAACAAAGAGAUGGCUGCUGUUAUGGUCAUGAACCAAAUCACAAAAUUUAACAGAGGAGGGCAGAUAAAUGACAGGAAAAAGGGUAGUGACAUUGUAGUUAUCCUUCCUAGUGGAAUUCAUGGCUUACCCCAAAACGGUGCACCUUCUUCACUAAUUGAACGGUGGCGAUCCGGAGGAUUAUGUGAUUGUGGAGGGUGGGACCUUGGUUGCAAGUUGCGAGUUUUCACGGGAGAGGAAAAGAACGGUGACAACCAAGAUUCCAUUUCUCUUCUCCUUGAGAGGGGAGAGUGUGAGAAGGAAGCGGUGUUUGUGUUGUCGCCGCUGAAGAAUGGGCUCUACUCUGUCCGGUAUGACGCAUCAUUCGCUUCCCUAGAGGCGUUCUCCACAUGUGUGGCCAUUAUAACUAGCCAUAAACUAUCAUAUAUGUUGGAAGUGCCCAUGGAAGAAAAGGUAAACUCAGGUGCCUCAACCCAAAGGCGAGGGCCAGCAAGAUUCGUCUCUUCGCCUCGUUCCCCAGUGGCAAGGAUCUAGUUUCAUGGCACAAGGUAAUGCUUUUUUACUUUCUAUCUGAAUUUUUGACAUAAACUCUUACUUACUCCACUUAAAUCGGAUGAUAAAAAGUAUCCCUGGUGGUUCUCUAUAGUUUCUACGAUUUUAUGUGUUCUCUCCUAGGAUAUGUGGACGGAUGCAUCCAGUGCCAGAAUCGGCCAUAGCCGCUCGUGCUGCUGCCGAGAAAAGCAUUGGAAACCUCCAGUGGCCUUGUCCCGAAUCCGGAAUACGAGCUUUGGCCUAUUAUUGAUGCACACUUGCGUUCGUGCCUCCUCGCCAUUGUCAUCGUCAGCCAUGUUCAAAAUCAUCUCCAUGGCCAGAACCCGGCCUGCAACUAGUGUU